AUGCGUAUGGAUACAAACGACACGACGAUUGGAAAAACUGUUUUCCAACGUCUUUAUGCGAAUAGCAAUAAUAAUACGGGAUCUCAAGAUUGCUAUUGUGACACAUGGAUUACGUUAUGGAAUAAAUUAGACAUUCCCAUAGAGAUUGUAUGUAAACGUGAGGGUCAUUUCAAACGGACCAGCUUUAAGACCAAGAAGAUAAAUGAAGACGAAAGAUAUGACAUCAAAGCUAAAUACCCGAAUGGAUAUUCCAAGCGUUAUUACCGGCAUUGGUGUGACUUAACCGCCGGCACGACUAAUAUUCAAUUUGAUAUCUUUGGCGGAAGAGAUAAACGAAUUAAUAAACUUUCGGAUUCUUAUUCUGAUUGGAUUAUAACCAGAGGUGGUAUUUAUAGAGUGAAAAAGGGAUCACUUAUACUAUACUAUGGAAAGAAUUGGUUGGGAGAGGAUUAUGAGGAUCUGGAGGAUGCAGUGAUAGGCACUCCUGAAAAAACACUUAAUCCGUCAGACACUCAGCGAAUAGCCCCUCUCGAAGUACACUUGGCCUCAUCCACACUAACACUCUCUCAACAGAGACUUGCCAUCGAUAAGGCCACAUAUGCUUCCCAUAAAUUCACUAAAACUAAAGCUAUGGGCAAAUAUGUUGGCGACGCCAUGAAGAAAAAGUUUGGUCACUUCUGGGCCGUCUUCAUAGACCAGCCCGAGAACACCAAAGUUGUCAAAAGGACUUGUGAUACCGAUAGAGUGAUGAUCUUUCAAGUGAAUGACAUCGACUUCAUUGUCUGUCAAGUUAUGCGCUAAAUAUAUGAUUCACACAUUUAUUACUUCUUUCAAUAUUUAGUUUCGUUUUGAAUUUAAGCCAAUUUUCUGUAACAAACUCUUUACAUGUGAUAUUAUAACGAAUUUAGAAGUUAUUUAAAAAUGUUAGUUUUAUUUAUAGUUUUAUUACAAAUGAUAACCAUUGUUGAGGCCAUUAUAAACGCAGAGCCCAACCCUUAAACACUUUUGCGUUAAUAAUUAAAUAUUUAUAACUCAUGAAAACAAAUUUCUAUUGUUAAGCUUCAUUAAUAAUUAAAGUGAUAAAAUAUCACUUUUAAAAUAAUAUUUGCCAAACUAUAGAAAUAUAUUAAUUAAUUCCAGACCAGAGCUGACCGUUGGAGCAAAUAUUGUUUGUAAAAUACUGUUUUCCCAUUCAAUACUGGUCCCGACCGGCAAUACUGUUCCACACAUUGUGUUAUUAAACUACAAUGUGUGUAUUAUUUUAUUAAAU